UGGCUUGUCCCCCGCAUCGCCACGUUCAGCCGCACCGGACCGCGACGGAUACAUUGCGGUUCUUGCAACCCCUCUCUGCGCAAUUAUGGCGGCCAUGGAAGAGCUGGAGAUUCACAGCAAGUCGUACUUUGUACGUUGGAUCAAUGUCAGCGCCAACCACACCAUCUCUUGGAGUAUUCAACCGCACAAGAAGUCUGUCAACUUUGGCCUCUUCAAACAUCCCGGUCAAUCCUCUGCCCUAAGCUCCCAUAUUCCUAGCUCCGAUUCACAGAGCACCGAUUCUACCGAGAACCUCCCCGCGACGGCGACGACUGCCGGCACGCGGCAACAACAAUCUGCCGUUAUCGAGAAGCUGACGGGAAUUGGGCUCAAAACAAUCAAAUGGACGGGCAAGUGUGAGGCAGACAAGAUCACCCAGGGGACAUACGAUGUGCCAUUCAGUGAAGGAGGCAACUAUGCCCUUGUUUUCGAUAACACAUUCUCCAAACAAAUCUCCAAGACCUUGACACUUGUCCUCCUCACCUAUCCGACCGGCCUUCAGCCACAUAGCUCCGCAUCCAUCGCCACACGCUCUCAGCCAGGGGCAUCGACCGAAUCGCUGCCGCAGCCCAAGACCCGCCGACGAGGCAACAGUCGAGCCACGCUCAACUCGCAGCAAGACGUAUCGAACCUAAGUGUCCACACGGGAGUGCUGCAGAAACGGCGACGGAAACGUCACCAGGGUUGGGCACGUCGGUUCUUUUCCCUGGACUUUACCUCGAGCACGCUGUCCUACUAUCAUGAUCGCAACUCGUCCGCACUGCGAGGUGCGAUCCCGCUCUCGCUGGCGGCCGUCGCGACCAACGAAAAGUCCCGUGAGAUCUCUAUUGAUUCAGGUACUGAGAUCUGGCAUUUGCGCGCCAAUAACGAGCAUGAAUUCGCCGCGUGGAAGGGUGCCCUCGAGAGAGCUUCCUCCAAGGAAGAUUCUAAGGACGAACGCAAGGCUGGUCUAGCUGCCCCUCCGGAGCUACGGCUUUACGCUCCAUCGCAGCCCUCCCCGGCGGAGGAGAGUGAAUGGACUCGCGUUGAGAGCCUUGUCGGCCAUAUUUCUGGAUCGCGAGAUGCGAUACGCCGGCUCGCCAAGGAUACAGACCCCAAGUAUCUUGCCUCGCCUCUCCCAACCCCUAUCGACCGGCCUCGUUCGCGUGGCCGGUCUCCUAGCCCCCAACGCAGCACUCAUGAGACUGCUCCCAAUGAGGCGGAGGCCAAGCGGCCGUUCUGGAAGCGCAAGACAAGUGGACAGUCGAAUGCCAACAGCAAGCGACCACCGGCCAUGACCACGAACUCCGGUUCUUCGCAGCUUGUGGUGCCUGCUACUGACGGCAAGGGGAAGCCUGCCAGUGUCAUUAGUCACAUAGACAGCGUGGAUGAGAUCCAUGACCAUUUGAUGGAGGUACUGCGCGAUCUUGACAAUGCGGUCUCCGAGUUCUCCAUGCUGAUUGCCGAGAGCAAGGAGCGACGGCACCCGCCUCAGCCAUCUAUGGUUCCCCGGCGGAGCAUGGAGUCUGACAUGUCGCAAGAAUUCUUUGAUGCAACAGAUGGAGAUGGUGACAGGUCUCCCCUCUUGACCAUCCAAGACAGCGACGACGAAGGGCCCGAAGAGGACCGGCCUGUCUCUGCUGCCGAGGAAGUCGAGGAUGACGCCCCUCCCGACAGCGAUGGUGAAUCCGACACGGCGGCAACUCGCCAGGAUAGCAGCAUCGCUUUUGACCCCGUAAAACGCCGUGCGAACAUCCUCGCCCCGACAGUCCUGCCCCCGAGUUUGAUUGGGUUCCUGCGCAAGAACGUCGGAAAGGACUUGUCCACCAUCUCGAUGCCGGUGUCGGCAAACGAGCCCAUGUCUCUCCUUCAACGCGCCGCCGAGGUCCUGGAGUACUCAAAUCUGCUUGACCAGGCCGCCCAAUCCACAGACCCCGUUGAGCGCCUGAUGUACGUAACCGCCUUCGCAGUAUCCUCCCUCUCAAGCAACCGCGUCCGUGAGCGCUCCAUCCGCAAACCAUUCAAUCCAAUGCUAGGCGAGACCUAUGAGCUCGUCCGCGAAGACCGAGGCUUCCGCUUUAUCGCGGAGAAAGUCUCACAUCGACCCGUGCAACUAGCCUACCAAGCCGACAGCAAGGAAUGGAGCAUCUCGCAGUCCCCCAUGCCCAGCCAGAAAUUCUGGGGCAAAUCCGCCGAGAUAACAACUGAAGGCCGUGUCCGCAUUAUCCUACACAGUACCGGCGACCGCUACAGCUGGACGCCGGCAACAUCCUUCCUACGCAACAUCAUCGCAGGAGAGAAAUACGUCGAGCCCGUCGGCGAGCUAGCCGUCACAAACGAGUCCACCGGUCACCGCUCCAUUUCAACCUUCAAGGCCGGCGGCAUGUUCUCCGGUCGCAGCGAGGAAGUCUCCACUCGCGCCGUCGACGCAAACAACAACCCCGUGGCCCUCGGCUUAUCCGGCUCCUGGCCGUCGUCACUGAGUCUCACCCGCGACGGUAACCCCACCGGUAACACUAUCUGGACCGCCGGCUCACUCGUCCCCUCCGCACCAAAGCACUAUGGUCUCACCUCCUUUGCAGCCACGCUGAAUGAAAUCACCUCGAUUGAGGAUAAGCAUUUGCCUGUCACGGACUCCCGUCUACGUCCUGACCAACGCGCGCUGGAAAACGGUGACCUCGACCGCGCGGAGGAGGUCAAGGUGCAGCUUGAGGAGGGGCAGCGUGCACGCAGGCGCGAGAUUGAAAAUGCUGGGGAGAGUUGGAUUCCGCGCUGGUUUACGCGGGUUAAUGAUGACUCCGAUGGGGAGAUUGCUUGGCGGCUUAAGGGUGGGAAGGAUGGAUAUUGGGAGGAGAGGGCUAGAGGGAGCUGGUCUAAUGUUGUGCCUGUGUUUGAGGAUUAA